AUGCAAUUGGCCCCGGCCCCCCCACCCCCCACCCCCGGCAUAGGAGGCCCCCCCCACCUCGCCCGGCUCACACCCCCAAAGGGAGGGACCCACAUUGCACACACUGUAAGAAAUGCACUUUCCGAGGAAGGGGAUGGGGGAGCCCGGACACCCAGAGCUCCCCGAGUUGGGGGUGCCCGUCUGGAGCGCCCCCGUCAGCCCCUGGCGGUGGGAGGUGAGAGCGAGUGGUUUAAGUGCCUGAUUCCCACCACCCGCCCCCCCUUUGUCCAGCUGGGACACGGAAUGGCCGCGGGCCUCCUCCCCCUCCCCUCCAGCCUCUCCACCAGCCCCUCCAGUCAACCCUCAUCGCCGUGCCCCCCCAGAGCUAGAGAGAUGGGGCCCCUGCGUGGCCCGAGGGGCAGAGCUAGGCGUCACUUCCCAAGCGUCCUGCCCUGCCGGGGCGCGGGGGUGGGCUCUGGGGAAGCCGGUGCGCCCCCCACGCCUCCGCUGCCAGUGCCUUACAUUCUGGAGCGACCCCCCUCCCUGGUGCCUCCCAGCGAAGGGGGACCGCCGUUUGCACUUUCAUCGCCUCCCCCGACGCGGGGCCCAGCUGGGGGACGUGCAUCACAGCUGGGCCCCCAGAGGAGAGAGGAGGCCGACGCCAGCGGUCCCCGCUCGGAACGGGGAGGGUUUUCGGGGGGUUCGGCGUCGCACCUCGGGGCCCCCCGCGGCCGUGUAGGGGGCCUCCCAUCUGCUAAGCGUUUUUCCGUUGAGCCGCUCCAAAAACACUAA